AUGAAUUCAUCAGCUUUCCCCACAAACACACCGGCGGUUGACACCGUCCCGCAUCCUGCAGAAAUCGGGGCAAAAGGCUACGCGCUAGUGUUCAGUCUGCUUAUGAUUGCAGUCACCUGCUUCGGCCAUGUCCUAGGGGUUUUCAACAAGAAGCGGGAUAGCAGAUUCCCCCUGGUCCUAUAUACGGGCUCGGCCAAGAAGGAUAUGGCUGCGUUCCAGACCAGUGCCACCGCAAUGGUUGAAAAGGGGCGCAAGGAGCAUCCCGGCAAGCCCUUUUUCAUCAUUAACGACAUGGGACCGUACCUUAUUCUUCCGCCCCACUUGGUAAACGACAUCCGUAAUAUCAAGACUCUGAACUUUCAGAUGUGGUUGAAAGACUAUUUUCACAACGGCGCGACUGAAUUUGAGCCGUUCGUUGGCGCCUCAAGAGAGGACGAGCUGUUCCAGCGUGUUGCACGCAAGAGACUUACCAAGUCGCUCAAAUGGUUUGAAUAUACGCUGUCAUCGGUCGCUCUAGACGUCAUCGCCCGCGUCUCGUCAAAGGUGCUUCUCGGUGAUGAACUCUGCCGCAACGAGGAAUGGCUCGAGUUGACCAAGAGCUACACCGUCAAAGGCUUCAUGGCCGUCGAAACACUGAAGCAAAAGCAUAGAUUGCUUCGUCCCAUCUUAAAAUGGUUUGACCCCAUGUGUCAAGACCUCCGCCGCUCUAUUGACCACGCGAGGCGGCUUAUUGGCCCCGUCGUCGAGGAGAGGCGCAGGAAUCGCUCUGAGGCUAUUGCUCGUGGCGAGAAGGCCCCUGUGUUCAACGACGCUAUUGACUGGUUUGACUUGGAGGCUGACGGGAAACCUUAUGACCCUGUCUUAAUCCAGAUGACGAUAUCCGUCAGUUCCAUUCACUCGACGAUGGAUCUGAUGCUGAAGACGAUUUACAGAAUUGCAGAACACCCGGGCUUGGCGGAUGAGUUGAGACAAGAGCUUUUGGAUGCAGUCAAGGUCGACGGCUGGAAAAAGACGACCCUUUAUGAGCUUUCGCUUCUCGAUAGCGUUUUGAAGGAGACACAGCGUCUUGAGCCACUCUCUUUCAUUACCAUGAACCGGUUCGCAGAAAUGGAUACCACCCUUCCAGAUGGAACAUUUAUCCCCAAAGGCGUCCGUCUAGGCGCCGACACCGGCUUCCACUUUAGUUCCGAGUACUAUGACGACCCGACCCGAUUCGACCCGUACCGCUUCGUCAGGUGGCGAAAGACGGAGAAGGAAAGCCUCUCCCACCUCGUCAGCACCUCCCCGCAUGCCAUGGGUUUCGGCCACGGGCAGCACUCCUGCCCCGGCCGCUUUUUCGCCGCCAACGAGCUAAAGGUGAUCUUUUCGCACUUGCUGCUCAAAUACGAGUGGAAACUUGCGGAGGGCUCGUCCGCGGCCUCGUUACCUCUCGGGGUGCGGGUGGCCGCGAACCCAGCCACAAGGGUCAUGGUGCGGAGGCGCCCGGUCGUUGAGCUGGACCUUGACCGAUGCUGA